UGCCUCCAGGUCACAGGUGCCGUGUUUGUAGCCGAAGAGAAGAUGGCUGCUGCGAGGAACGGAAAGAGUGGGCUGCUGGAGAAAUGGAGAAUUGAUGAGAAACCAGUGAAGAUCGAUAAAUGGGAUGGAGCUGCAGUGAAGAACUCUCUGGACGAUGCUGCUAAAAAGGUGCUGUUGGAGAAGUACGGUUAUGUGGAGAACUUUCGGCUGGUGGACGGUCGUCUGUUGAUCUGUACCGUGUCCUGUUUGUUUGCCAUGUUGGCUCUGGUCUGGGACUACCUUCACCCAUUUCCCGAGUCCAGACCGGUCCUGGCCUGCUGUGUCAUCUCGUACUUCAUCAUGAUGGGCAUCCUGACUCUGUACACCUCCUACAAAGAGAAGAACAUCUUCCUGGUGGCCCUGCAGAAAGAUCCAGCUGGGAUGGAUCCAGACCACACCUGGAACCUCUCCUCCUCCCUCAAACGCUUUGAUGACCAGUACACACUCAGAGUUUCCUUCACCGAUGGAAAGUCGAAGAACUCGAGGGACAUGGAGUUCACCAAAUCUGUGUCGGCGUUCUUCGACGAGAACGGGACGCUGGUGAUGGACCAGUUUGAGAAGUCUGUGUCCAAACUCCACGACACACUGGCCACGGACAAGAAAACAAAAUAAUACAGAAAAAGGUUGUUGGACCUCAACCACAGUUUGUUUUUGGUGCAGAGGGAGGAUUUGAGUGAUUCCUCUCUUUCAGCCACUUCAGUGGUUUUAUUUUUGUUUCUUUAAAAACCAACCUGCACAGAGAUGAUCCAUCAGCGAUGGUGAUGAGUCCUUUAUUUUGGUUAAAUUUGCAGAAUCUCUGCAGGACCAGAUUUUUUUUUAUUCCAGGGAAAGACUAGUGUUUAAAAGUGUUUAUAUGUUUGAAUAUCAGUUAAAGAGGCAUCACCUUUCACUGUGAUUUAAAAAAUAAAUAAAUAUUCAACUCAAGUCCUGAUGGUUUGGGCGAAUUUGACUUAGACUUAACGAGCUAAUAAAUAAAAUUUACCAGGUUCAUUUAAGGUGAUUUACUUCCUCUGUAACAUAAAUGGACCCGUCUCUGACCCCGUGUAUCAGGGUGCGUCUCCCAGUCGCUCGGUAAUUCAUUCAGAUGUCCGAGUGUCUGUGAAUGCAGCACCAGGGAGGGCUUUCCAAACCGCCUCUGCUCUCAAACGCAUCACUACGUUGUGAUAAUUAAUUAGAUCAUUAGUUGCAGUAAAACAGACAGCUGCUGGUCGACCACGAUGAACAGUGAGUCAAACCGAAGUGACCCUGCCAUUGUUAGAUUCUUUUUUUUUUUUUUAUGUCUCCGGACUCGAACCAGGGACCACACAAUCACAGAUACCCUGAUGGAUUCUCUCUCUGCAGGUUGACUUUCACAGAGAUGAACUGAGUGACCUUCCUGACAAACCGGUCCUCGUUCAGACUGUGUUUGUGGUCACGUCGGAGCUUUUUCAUCCCGUCGACGGCGUCUCUGAGUCGGACUGCUGUCCCAGCUCAUCAUCGCUGUCGUCUGAUGACAUUUUCACGUUCCGCCUCGUUAGUUCUAAUCUAUUUUUUUCAGAGUCAGACGAAAACGUGCAGCAGCUGAUUGGAUAAAAUCUAAACGGUUAUUAACAGCUGGCUGUUGAAUAAGUAUUAAAACUCGUGUUUCUCCCUGGUUAAACUCAGUAACAGUUCUUAACGUCGUGCUCAGUAUUUCUGUGUGGAGCCUUUAGUUUCCUCAGACUUCAGCAGGUCACGUGAACAUUUCAGCUCAGUUCAUGUAUGAUGUUAAAAAAAAAAAAAAAAAAAAAAGUGAUGUCGGCAGUGGCUUGUUUUCGUACCUGGACUCAGACUCUAACUCCGACCACCUCCCUCCCGCCUGGUUCGUGAAAAUAUUAUGAUCAAUGAAAACACAGUAACACACUGAAAAAGUUUUAUGCAUGCAUUUUCUAACAGCAGGUGCAGGAACCAUUGGGAGCGAAGCCACCUGUACACCUGUACAUCCACAUGUGUGUCAGUGGCGCGCUGAUGUUGUGUCACAGGCCUGUGAAAUGGGACUGCGGAUGAUGCUGAGCACAGGAAACCCCCCCCCCCCCCCCGCCCCUCACAGACGGACAUGUUGAUGCCUUACAACAGGAAGUGGACUGAAUGUCGACCAAACUUUUAUUUUGAAUGUUUUGUACUGUGAUUUGUGUCAGAGCCUUAUUCUCUGUAGCUUCUGUCAGUGAAAACCAGUUUGUGAAAAAUACUGAAGAUGGAUAUUGUUACCGAAAGACAACAAAGAAAUCCUGAGUGACUUUA